AUGGCGCCACUUUCAGUCUCCAGCCACAAAACCCCGCAGGGAGCGAAGAGCACAAGCUCCCAAUCAAGCCUCCAACUCCACGGUUUCAAACCGCCUGCCAUGAUUAUCGAGCCUAAUUUGGGUUUGAGCGAAAAUGCGGCCGAAAAGUGAGUUUUUAUUUGUUUUGUAUUGUUUUAGGUGAAAGUUGAUGUCUUUGGGCGUUUUUCUUGAUGAUUUUAUACUUCUAGAGGUGCAAGAUUGAUUUGUGGAUAUAAUUCUAGUGAUUGCGCGCGAAAUUUCACGCUAAUUUCUUAAUUUUCGAAGUUAAGAUUUUUGAUGGCAAGGGUAAUAUAAAAAGCGCUGUCAGUCAUUGGCUGUUGGUAUUUAUCCAUCAAAUUUAGUUGUCUAAGCUGGUAUGUGGUCUUAACUGUCUGCCAAAUAGUGGUAGCAUCCAUAAAAACAUAAAAAAUUACUAAAAUUUUGCAAUUUUCGACUUGGUUGCAUAGAUAACAUAAAAAUAGCUGGCAAUCCUUGAAUUUUGCGGUUGGUAUGUGGAUGUUGCGUUUUCUUGAUGUCAUGAGACCUUCAUCUUCUUUUUGCAUGGUUCUUGAGGCUAUCUGCUUAGAAGUUGAUUAAAAUUCAGCAAAAUUUACCUUACUUUAGUUAAAAAAUUUUCAACUUUUAAGUUUUAUUGAGAAAAAUCAAAAAGUUUUGGUCCUAAACUUACAUCCAAAUGCUUCACAUAUCUUUAUUGUCCAAAAAUACGGACGUGUUUCGGGCAAGAACCAAAGAAAUUUUGUAAUUUCCGCAACGUUUUGGGAAUUGAGCAAACAUGUGAAAAACUUCUAUUACGCCCUUUUUACGGUUUCCACUUAUAUCAUAAACCGUUGAAAAGAUUAUUGAUAAGAACAUAUACGUACUUGUGUUGACUUUGUACUAUGAUUCAGGUUAAAUUUUUUUUGGAUUUUGAACAUCGACUUCUGUUUUAGGUGUAAUCUGGGUGUAAUAUUGUUUCUAGUGGGCGUACAUUAAAUUAGGAGCAGUAAUCUUCUGUGAAUAGAGUUAUUAGAUCAUCAUUGACUGAAUGAAAGACGAGUGGCGGAUCCAGUGACAGAAAAACGUACCAUUUUGCAUCCGGGAAGUAUCAAAAAAUGUAGCAAAAUACCUCCCUCUCCAAGGGAAAAAACUCCGGUUUCAAAAGCGCGUCCUUCAAAAGAGUUUUUUUAGUUGGAGAGGGAGACAUUUUUCUACAUUUUUUGAUACUUCCCGGAUGCAAAAUGGUACGUUUUUUGCCACUAGAUCAAGUCCAUCACCAUAUUUUCAAUUUUUGAAAAAUCAAGUUUUCGCUUCGGGACAAAAUUUGAUGUUGUUGUUAGCACCCUUCCUAUGACUCCAGGAAUGUUAUAUCGUCAUUAUAACAUUUCUGGAGUCAGAGGAAGGUAUUGAAUCAUUUGUUCGGAAUCGGCCGUUCUUUUUCAAAAGUUUUUAUAAUGUUGGGUCCCGAAACGAAAACAUGAAUUCUCAGUAAAUCUCAUUUAGUUCGCUAAAUCUUCAUUGGCAUGCAAUGAAAUACUAAUUACAAUUAGUCAGCCGAUUUCUGCGUUGUGAAUCAUUAAAAUUUUUGAAAAAAUCUGCCUUUUUUGGAUUUUUUGGUUCUGUAUAAUUAACAAUGCUGGGAUUGAAACACUCCUCUCAUCGUUGAUUUGACUCAUCUUUCCAAUCUUCAAAUUGAGCUGUUCGUUUUAUGAUUCACGGGCCUUAAAAAAGUUUCUUUGAGCCCUUCGAAACGUUCCUCUUCCAAAUCGGAAAUGGGCGAAAACGCCCGAUUUUGGUUAUUUAUUGGGAACUGUGUGUAGACAGAGACGCGGUCUUUUUCGAAGGGGUUCAAUCCCUUUGAAAUUCAGGAAAUUUUGAAUCGGGUUGAAAUUUGAAUUUUGUAAAAAUGAAAAAAAUUGAGAAAUUUUGAUUUUUUUGUAAAAAUUCGAAAAUUUUGGAGGUAAAAAAGUUGUUGGAAAGAAAUUUGGGACUUAUGGCUUCAUUAUCUAUCAGUUUGGCCUGAAUUUUUCUCCAUUGCCUCAAGGAAUUUGCAAUUUUUUUUUUAUUUUUUGGCGAUUUCUGGGUCCCGCAGCGAAAAUUUUCGAAAAUAACAACCAGAAUCGGAUCAUUAUCAGAUUUUCGACUUCCAAGUUUGUUUUAAAAAAGCUCAGACGCACUUUAGGUCCAGCUUCCGCCCGUAUCUUUUUAAAGCGUCGCAAAUUUAUGCAAAUCCCCAACAAAAUCGUCCAAUUUUCAAUUCCUUGCAUUUUAAAACUUGAACUCUUUCGCGUUGAAACGCCCCACUACUUUCAGACGAAUGGGCGUCAAGAUGGAGAAGUCUUCCUCGGCGCUGGAGUCCAACUCCACGAUGGAUCUGCGCAAAAUGAUGACCAUUGUCGGCGCCUUCUACUGGUUCAUCAUGACCGUCAUUGUGGUCCCGGUUGGCUGUCUGUGCACUCUGUUCCUGGUGUUAUAUCCCAUAAUGGGAAUUGUGUGGCUGUUGGGGUUGAAGUAAGUGGGAUUUGAGGGCGUAACAUGCAUUUUGGGGAUAUUAUUUAUUUAUUUUUGGAUAUUGUAGUAGGUCGAGAUGUUGAAGGGGGAAUUUUGAAGCGAGCUAAGGGAGUUUACAGGGGGAUUUGAGUUUAUUGAAGCUAUAUAGGGGUAAUAUUUAAAUUAGAAAUGAUUUUAAAUGGAUUUGAGAAAAUUCAUGUUUUCGUGGUGGGACCCAGGAGAUGUAAAAAUUUCAAAGAUUUUCUGAUGUUUACUGAUCAAAAAUUUAGCAAGCAGAUCUUCAACGGCAUUGAGCACAUUGUCUGCCAAUACGCGAAUGAUCAUUGGGUUUCGGCGGGCCAAUAUACCGGACUAACCAUCACCGAACAUGGCGAUGACAUCACUGAAAUCGCCGACAGCCGCGCCCUCUUCCUCUGCAAUCACCUUGGGUUAGUGGACCAUUUCUGUUUGAUGACGGCGUUUUGGGACAAGAAAGGUUUGACUGGAAAGGUGAGAAAAUGUUUUUGGUGGAGAAUAUAAAUAAGACUUGGUAAUUUAAUAGACUUUUUUGGAGAAUUUAAUUAUUUUUGGAUGCGAAAUAAUGUACUUUGAACUAAUUUUUGUUUUCAACAUCGGAAAGGUCGAAAUUUUGAAUAAUUUUUUUUUAUGUUGUAGUACAUGUGGGUGAUAUUCAAUAUUUGGAAAUGGACCCCACUGGGAGCCAUGUGGACAACCCACGGGAACUUCUUCAUCAAUGGAGGGCGAACGAAAAGAGACGAAGUCCUCAGGGAAUUCGGCCAACACCUCAGGAACAACUAUUGGGAAUACGAUUAUGGGUGGGUGGUCAUGUACCCAGAGGGCUCAAGACUGUACCUCGUCAAAGAGCAGGAAAGGAAAUUCGCGGAGAAAAUGGGAAUCGAACCUUUCAAACAUUGCUCGCAUCCACGAACUGGAGCCGCACACACAACCCUCACGGUUUGUGGAAAAAACCCUCAGGGUAAGUUGGAUUUUUUUUGUGGAUGAGGUUAAGUAACUGGUGGAGCUGGGAGAGUUUAUGAGGCAUGCUAAUGUUAUGUAGGGAUGUUUGAGAGGGUAAUUUACAAGAGUUUGUGCAAAAAUUAUAUUACUUUAGGUAACGUUGGUACUUUUAAUGCAAUUUUGUUCGUUUUGACGAUUUUUAGGGUGUAUUCUUUUUUAAAAUGAUAAUAGAAGCUGUUUUCAAUAAGUAUCUAGGCAGAUUUUAUAUUUAUUUUGCAUUUUUUCAUAAUUUUUGCAUGAUUUUAGACCCGACCAAGGCGAACGCGGGUGAUCUCCCUCCGAUGGAAUAUGUGAUUGAUUGCACUCUCGGGUACCCCAAGGGAGAAGUGGUGGACAUUAGCAAAGCCAUGCUCGGCGAAUGGCCCAACGACAACAGUCAUGUGGCUGUACAUUACUCGAUCCAUAAAGUGAAACCGGAAUGGGCGGAUGAGGCGAAACUCAAAGAAUGGCUUUAUCAAAGAUACGCGGAGAAGGUAAGGGAUAUACAGGGUGACCCAAAAUAACGGAGACAAAUUUUGGAAGGGCCCACCGCGAAACCCAGGCGUUAAAGAAACACAAGCGACAGUGGGUAAUAUUCUAUAAGACUUUCUCUAUAAUCCACGAAAAUUUGGCGGAGUCAUCAUGUCGCAGGAAAAAGUUACAGCUUAACAAAAAUGCCUUGCGCCAUUUUUUUGCCCUCAAUUUUGGUUCCUUUGUGUUGUGUAGAGCAUGGCUGUACUAAAGCCGCAGAAAUGGCAAGUUCAUUUGUUUUGCUAGACUACUACGUCUCUAAGCAAGCAGUUAUGUAGGUUUCUGGGCUACGGUUUUUAUUUCUACGGUGGUACCAAUCUCAACAUUGAAGAUCGCCAUUUUUUCCAAAUUUUUUCAAUAAAAAAUUCAGUUUUUUUAGAAUAAAGCUAAAACCGCUAGAAUGUAUUCUAUUCAUAAAUACAAUAAUUCUGGAAAAAGCUGUGAUUGCUUGCUGGUUGCAACAGAUUUUCCUUGACAAGUUUCUCGCCCAGAACCACCCUAUGGCACGCGGCUUUGAGAAAGAUGGGUUAUCGAUAACAAAAUGACAAGAUAGAUAAAAACGGCGCAUUCUGCUCUUGUACAAUUAUGAAUACGACUCUUGAGAAACGGCCUAGGGCACUUUCGGUCUUUAUGUGUCACCGGCUCGACUGGUAUUCCGCCUAAGGCAAAAAUAAGGCACAAUUCUAGUGAUUACCAAAUAGCAUUCCGUAGCAGCUACAAAAUGUUUCUCUUUUGGUUCUAUGGUGUUCCUUUAAUCAUGUUGUAGUAACUCAUAUUACCUUUUGCCUUAUCUAACAUUUAAACUCCUUUUUACCGAUACAUUUUCAAAAAAAAAGGUCAAAAAUAGUUUAAAUUUACUUUCAGGACAAACUCCUCGACCAGUUCUACAAAACCGGAUCGUUUGGCUCCAAACCCCGCCCAAUCAACUUCCCGAUCUCAAGAAUCGUACAAUCCCAACUGUUCUGGUUGCUCAACUUUUACGUCCACACUCAUUUCUGGAUCCGCCCUCUUCUCUCGUUCAUGUGGACUAGUCUUUUGAGCCUACUGUUUUAA